AUUGAGUAUUUGCGUCAUUGCAUUUCGUCAACUUGUUCUUAUCUCGGUCUGGGUUUUGAAGUGAAGUUAAUUUAGUCCGGGUUGGCUUCUUCUUGCGUCCUUUCGGUUUUUCUUGGGAAAAGUUUCGAUUUUUUUUAGAUGUUUGGUCGGAAUCCUCUGAGCUGAACUUUCAGGGUAGAGCCUGAAGCACUCUCAGGUUGAUGUUGUGGGUAAUCGAGGAAAGCUUACUUGAAUGAGGCCUCUUUUGAGAUAUCUGCGGAAUGCGGAGUCUGGAAUGCCAUGAGCUUCUACUGAAAGCUGUCCCCAUCUUGAGCUGAAGUCAAUGAAUCGCCAUGUUAUUAGCUGAAAAUCCUAUAUGAGUGUAUGUUUCGCACCGUCUGGGGUUAGCGUAGGGGUUUUUUUAUCAGUUUAUUGAGAGGGUUGGAUUGAGUUGGAGACAAUGUUGGGGGAGACUGAGCUAUGUCCUGCUAGAAUAUUAUCACCAUUUCGUGAGGAGAGUGGUGACGAGGAGCUGUCCGUUCUUCCUAGGCAUACCAAGGUCAUUGUGACUGGUAACAACCGAACAAAGUCCGUCUUGGUGGGUCUCCAAGGUGUUGUCAAGAAGGCCGUGGGCCUCGGUGGUUGGCACUGGCUGGUUCUGAAAAACGGAGUUGAAGUCAAGCUGCAAAGGAAUGCAUUGAGCGUGCUGGAACAUCCUACUGGGAAUGAAGAUGAUGGUGAUCAUAACAUGGACUCUAGCACUGACUCUGACAUUGUCGAAAAGGAGCAUAUCAUCUCUACCAAUACUAACUCCCACAAACCGGGAAAGCCAAAAGUACGGCACGCAAAGCCAUUGGUCACCCCCGCUGCAAGGAAGUCUGUUGUCCAUGGCAGUUACAGAGACGUCCGAUCGAUCAUUCAGACACCUCAACUGAAGAUAGAUUUGGCAAAACUGAGCACACACGCAUUGUGGAGAUACUGCAGGCACUACAAGCUUAUACGCUCAUCAAUCCACCCACUGAGGAAUGAAUUGCUCAACAUCGCGGAACGCCAUUUCAUAUCACAGAGAGUAAAGGAGGAAGAAGUGAUUACAGACUUCAUCCGCAUGGCCAAGCGACGGAAGGGAGAAGAGCCAUUGCUGCAGCACUCGGUACCUCGGAAAGUGUCCUGGAAUUAACCUUCAGCAACUAAAUAUGACCCACCUAGACUCUCAUGGGAGGAUAGGGUGUGGUCAACCAAUUCUUGUUCAUCUGUUGGAUGCUAACCCUCUGAUGUAGCUGCUCGCUCCCAGCCCCAGGUAAUGUCUGGGACGACAAUUCCUAAUUAUGUAGUAAAGCUUUAUUCAAGUAAACGCUUAUUGAAGUCCAUCGGAUCAGA